AUGUUUGGUGUCGGAAACAGUUGCUUGCACGCGGACGUGCAAAAUAAUAACAUCAAAAGUCUUUUAAGAAAUUUGGCUGCUGGUGCCGAUGUGGAUUGUCAGAACCAUCAGGGUGAUACACCCUUGAUGUUGGCAUGUAACUCUGCAGAUACAAAAUGUGCAAAAAUUCUUAUUUCUUUUGGUGCAAAUACCGAAAAAACUAAUAAAUUUGGACGGUCAGCUCUUCAUAUUGCGGCUAGUAAUGGAAAUUUGGAUAUGUUUACUCUGUUGCUGACCAAUGGAGCCAAAUACGACAAACACGAUUGUGCAGGAAAAACACCAUUUGAAGUGCUUUUGGAAAAGCUUUCAAAAUCGCUUAUCAAAGCGCACUUCAAAAAGGCACGGCACAGCCAAUUGGGCACAUUGGAUCGUCUGACGGUGCUUCGACAGAUAAUUGAGGCACUCAUUUAUCUGAAAAAUCUCGGCAUCGUUCACACUACAGUUAGUUCUUACUCCAUCUAUCUAGCAGAUCGUGACCAUGCCAAGUUAGCCAAUUUUGAGCACGCACUAUUGUGGCGUGAGUGGUGCGAGGAAAGUGGAAGGAGGACGGUGGGACCGAGACUAUCAGAGGAGGAGAUCGUAUGCCUUGGGGCUUGGCUGGCUCCGGAGGUGGCACUACUCAAUCGGUCAUUAGGGCUUGAGGUAGAGAUUGGGACACAGAUGGUGCCUCAUCGUGCUAGGAGUGGUAGCGGUGGGGACUCUGCCUAUCGCAGCAUCUUUGGCAGCGGUGGCGCCGGUAGUGAUGAAUACUGCGUACCCACUCCUGCGACGGAUACCUUUGGCGUUGCCAGGGUAAUGCAGGAGCUCUUCGAGCCACGCUGCGCCCACCGCUUUUACGGAUCCACUCUUAUCACCAGCAGAGGAAAGUCAAUAGGGAUGUUAGUGGGGGCAGAAGAGAAAAAACUGCAGUUCCAUUUGCGCCCUGCGAUUAAGAAGGCCCUUCGACGCGAGUCUGCUGAAAGGGGCGAAGUCGAAGAUCUACAUAUUGCCAUUGAACGAGCUUUUUGGGACCUUCAUGACAGACAGGAACCUUUGCAGUUUCGAGGACAGAUAGGUGCGAGAAGCUGGUGCGAAGGCAAUGUAAUCCACACUGACACCACCACUAUCUCCUCCUUAAGCGAGGAAGCCUUGCUUUAUCCAGGUGAUCGGCUGUCAGAAAGUGAGAAGGAGAAUCAGAGUGGGGUGCUACAUGAAGAGGGGCGCUCAAUCACUACUUAUGAAUCAGCGGGACCAAACUAUUUAAAGGCUUUUAAACACACCAUGAAGUCUGGAGGGGAUUCAACCAAUAAAGCCGUAUUAAAGAAAGCUCAGUUCAGUAUUAUGCCCGGAUCUUCAGUGGGCGGUGAUGAGGUUAAAUCGGGGGAACAAAGGCAACUGAAUUUCAGUAGCCCGAUUUUAAUGAGGCAACUGACAAACUUUGAGGAGAAGAGGGUCCCCAAAGGACAAUCGACAAGUCUCACGAAGGAGCAGUACAUCGAAAUGGUCGCAAUCCCCUGCAGUCCACUAGGUCCGGGUCGAUCGCGGCCCCUCGUACCCUGGCGAAGCCCUUCUGCUCCAGUUUACCUUCCCCACUCUCCCAAAACCGCUACCUCUUCUAUGUCUUCCUCAUCGUCCCCCCUGAUGUCCAACUCUGAACUCGUUUCUGGACGGAAUUCUGUGGUCAACGGAGCAGGAAAAUGGGUCAAGAUUGUUGGUGGUAGCCAUGAUAGGUCAUCACAGCACGACAACCCCCGUUCUAACUCAAGGCACUUUUGGUCAAUCCUGUCGAGGAGAUUUCAAAGAGAGUACACGUCAAUGAAAUCGAAAAAAGCUCCAAUCAAACCGGCCUCCCAUUUAACCACUCCCCCAAUGGUGCCCGAUUGUGCUGUGAAAAAGCAGAGAAUAAGCGAUAAAACAACUUCGACAAGUCAUACUCGUGCACUUCUUUCCUCAUCGCCCUUUCUUAAAUCGGAUCCAGAGAUGCCUUUGCGAGAGCAGCACUUGUCUGAUGUGGACACAAAGUAUGUAAAAAUUUGUCAAGAGGCACAUAACACCACGACAUCAAACGUGAUGAGGCGAGUCAGGGGACAAAUUGAAGGUAUGUGUUUUCAGAAAACAGGGGAGGCGGCGAAGGUGACCUAG